ACAUGAAAACAUAGAGCAGCUUCAAUGUUUAAAAGUGGACAACACAAUUUCAUGGCCAUCGAAAGAACUUGAACUAAGAAUGGAUGGGAUACCACGGAAAUCACGAAAGAGAAAAAGUGAUUCAGUGAAGAUGAAGCGUGACGCUAAUCGGCAAAAGAAACGAAUGAAAAUGAAAAGCAAAGAAAUAAAAACAUGCAGUUGUGUAGCCAAAUGUUAUGAAAAGAUAGAUCAAGAGUUACAAAUACGCCUCAGGGAAUAUCAUUAUGAACUAUCAGAGAAUACAGCAGCCGGCGAUAACUUCUUAUCGAAAUAUAUAAAUAGAAGAACAAAGAAGUUGCAUAGAAUAGCAGCUGGUGACAAGCGGAAGUUCACCUUGAUAUAUAAACUCCCAACAACAUCUGAACUUCCAACAACAUCGGAAGAUAACACAGCUGUGGUGUGUAAGGUGAUGUUCUUAGAAACAUUCGGCAUCACUGCCAAAAAAUCAAGAAUCAUAGUUUUUAAAAAAUAUGAUAGAAACAGUUCUCUUUCCCACGGAUUGGUUGGGAAACCCUCCAAUCGCGGGACGGUUCCUGCAGUAUUGAGAGCGGCAAUUGAAGAUCACCUGAAUACCUUGCCAACUGUACCUUCACAUUACCGAAGAAUGUACUCUCAUAAGAGGUAUUUCGAGGCAUCGCUAACGCUAGCCAAGCUGUUUAAACUGUUUAAAGAAAAGCAUCCUGGCGUGAAAAUAGGUCUAACUAGCUACAGUAACAUACUUAAUUCAUUGAACAUUGGUUUUUAUAAACCUAAGAAUGAUCAAUGCGACCAGUGUACUUCCUACAAGAAUAGCUCGAAAGAAGAAAUUGAUCUACUACUGUACAUCGAACACAUUGAGAGGAAAGACAUGUGUAGAAAUUGUAAGGAUGCUGACAAAAUCAAGGCAAAGGCAUGCGACAAUUUCGGAGCCUACACCAUCGAUAUGGAAGCUGUAAAUUCGUGUCCAAAGGCCGCGUCAGGUGAGUUUUACUAUAUCACCAAGCUUGCUUGUUAUAACUUAUCAUGUUAUAACCUUGGGACUGAUGAGAAGACUUGCUUCAUGUGGGAUCAGACACAAGCAAACCGUGGUCCAGAUGAAAUCGGAUCGUGUCUCCUAUACAUUCUGAGAAAUCUGCCUGAGAACAUUACGGAUGUCGUCAUUUGGGCAGAUUCAUGCGGUGGUCAAAACCGCAAUAAGGAAAAUGCAGCAGCAAUACUGCACUUCCUUAAUGUGGAAGUAUCCAACACAGCGCUCCAUGUGAAGACUGUGCACCUGAAGUACUUUGAACGUGGACAUAACGAAUCUGAAGUUGAUACCAUACAUCACAUGAUAGAAGCAAGUAAGAAGAACCAAGAAAUAUAUUUACCGGACCGGUAUAAGGAGAUAGCAAGAUCUGCCAGCACAAAAAACCCUAUAAAGGUUUUUUCACUGGCAUCAUAUGAGUAUCCAGUAUAUGACGUCCACGCCCUUUGCAAGUCCACCAUCAUUAACCGCAAUCGAUACCGGUUUAUUGAUCAUGAGGGCAAACCGAAGGUUAACGAAGCGUCAUGGCUAAGUGCAAAGCGGCUCUCGUUUGCAAAAGGCAGUCGGGCAAUGACUAUCAGCACAUUACCCGACCCGGAGAGAACAGAUGAUGAUAAAGUCAUUCUCACCGACAGAAAGGUAUACGUAAGCAGCCGUGCUUCAGUAAGAUCGGAGGUGGUGGAUAAACCUCAACUCACAAUCCUCUGCGACGAUUCGACAGAGAUACCUGUUUCCGAGAGGGUUAUGCUUGGUCUUAUUGAUCUAUGUGAGAAGAGGCUGAUACCACAGGGGUAUCAUGCAUUCUACAAGAGUAUCACUACUAUAGAAAGUGACAAGAGCGAUACUGACUAAAACACAUUCCAUAUUUCUACAUUUGCAGCAUUUUUAUUUUACUAUUUUCAAUUUCAUGGGACAAUUAUUUUAUGCAAUAUUCAUCUUAGGAUGAAUGUAGACACAAAUUACACUUAUUGAAAUAUUAUACACCUUUUAAAUUAUUGGAAUAUUAAUACAAUUUAAUUCUAUUCAUCUAUUUAUACUAAUAA